CUUUAUUUUAUAUAUGGCAAGAUUCCCACCAAUACUACUUUUCUGUAUAAUGCAUCGAAGCAGGACUUGUAGAUAAGCAACAAGCAUGGAGGAUAAGUUUUUCUGUAUGGUUUUGGCCCUUCCCUUUGUUCUUCUUGCCUUAAACUUCUGGUUACGAACAAGCACACAACACAGAAACCUCCCACCAAGUCCACGCGCUCUUCCAAUUAUAGGUCAUCUCCAUCUGGUCAAUCUUCCCCUCCAUCGAUCUCUCCAUACUCUGUCACAAAAAUAUGGUCCAAUCAUUUCUCUCCGAUUCGGUUCCCGCAGAGUGAUGGUUGUAUCAUCGCCGUCCGCGGUGGAAGAAUGCUUCACCACAAAUGACAUUGUUUUCGCCAAUCGUCCUCCCUUAACCUUGGGCAAGUACAUUUCUUACAAUUGCACCAGCCUUUCAUCAGCCUCAUACGGCGACCACUGGCGCAACCUUCGCCGGAUAAGCACUCUCGAUGUUUUCUCAUCGAAUCGUCUCAACGUUUUCACAGGUAUCAGGAGAGAUGAAAUCAAGAUUUUCCUGAACAAACUCUAUAGUUUCUCGAGCCAUGAUUUUGCUAAGGUAGAGUUGAAACCAAUGCUCAUGGAGCUAACCUUUAACAUAAUCAUGCGCAUGGUCGCCGGGAAGCGGUACAACGGGGAGGAAGUGACAGGAAAGGAUAAGGCAGAGGCAAAGCAAUUCAGGGAGAUGAUGAAAGAGAUUUUUGAAUAUGCUGGAGCUUCAUACCUUGGAGAUUUCUUGCCUUUCUUGCAGUGGUUUGACUACCAGGGUUUUUUGAAUAGAGUGGUGAGACUUGGCAAAAGAACUGAUAGGUUCCUCCAAGAUCUUAUUGACGAGCAUCUGUGUGAUGACAAGGCAAGUUCUGAGAGUAGGAACGAGACCAUGAUCAGCCAUCUUCUCUGUUUGCAAGAAUCACAACCAGAAUACUAUACAGAUGAAAUUAUCAAAGGCCUGAUUCUGGAUAUUGUAUUAGCUGGUACUGAAUCCUCUGCUGGGACAUUAGAAUGGGCAAUGUCCAAUCUACUUAAUCAUCCAGAAGUUUUGGAGAAAGCAAAAAAUGAACUGGACUUACAGAUUGGUGAAGAAAGCAUGAUGGAUGAAUCUGAUCUUUCCAAGCUACCAUAUCUUCAGAAUAUCAUAACAGAGACCCUGAGAUUGCAUCCACCAGGUCCAUUGCUUCUUCCACAUUUAUCAUCUCAAGAGUGCAGUGUUGGAGGAUACCAUGUGGAACCCAAUACGUGGCUGCUUGUUAAUGUAUGGGCUAUACACAGGGACCCUGAGUUUUGGGACGAUGCAAUUGAGUUUAAACCUGAGAGAUUUGAGAGCCCAGGUCAAGGUUCUGAGACUUACAAGUUUAUCCCAUUUGGCUUGGGGAGGAGGUCAUGUCCUGGGAUGGGUCUUGCAAAUCGUGUUAUAGGGUUUUGUUUGGGGUCCAUGGUUCAUUGCUUUGAAUGGAAAAGGGCAAGUGACCAAGAAAUUGACAUGUCUGAAGGAACUGGGCUCUCUAUGCCCAAGGCUGAGCCACUGGAGGCAAUGUGCAGGGCUCGUAAUAUCACGAGGAAUGUGCUAUCUUGAGCAAUUCUUAUCAUUCAUGCAAUUCUUGAGUCCCACAACGGGCUAUAGUUAUUCUAAGGCUACAAACCUUAUUUGGGCCUAGAUGUGUUUGAGCCCAUCGUGAGUGUCAAAAAUCUUAAAGAAUUAAUUGUAGUAUUGUGAGUUCUUAAAUUUGAAUUAUAAAUACUUUAAAUAUUAAAUUAAUUAAUAAAAAAUUAGAUCCGGCAUGUUUAUCAUGAAGCUAA